UUCCAACGCAGAAGAAGAAGAACAGCCGGAAUCGGUCCAUCAUAAUCAUAAGACACCCAUAGCUUGGCAUAUCCGCAGCUACACUCCAGAGACCUACAGCUCAUCGUGUGUCUCGGUGCCGCCCGGACUGAUUUACAAACCGCCACGAGGAUCCAGCAGCCGCCAUGUCUUCCAGGAAAAGAUGUCUCCCGGGCGAUAACGGUAACGGUGAGCAGGUCGGACCGCUGCCCGCCUGUAAGCAGGUCCGCGCGCCCAGCAAUGGACACGUAGCCGCCCUGAUCCUGGCGAGAGGAGGAAGCAAAGGGAUCCCCCUGAAAAACAUCAAGAUGUUGGCCGGUGUCCCGCUGCUCGGGUGGGUGGUGAGGUCUGCUCUGGACUCCGAAAUGUUUGAAAGUGUUUGGGUAUCGACUGACCACGACGAGAUUGAGAAGGUGGCGAAAUCCUGGGGCGCCAAGGUGCACCGCAGGAGUGCUGAAGUCUCCAGAGAUGCUUCAACGUCACUGGAAACAAUCCAAGAGUUUGUCAGGCUCAACCCAGAAAUUGAAGUGAUAUGCAACAUUCAGGCUACAUCGCCGUGCCUUCAUCCGUUCCAUUUGCAGAAGGCCUUGAAGAAGAUCACGGAGGAGGGCUUUGAUUCGGUCUUCUCAGUGGUCAGGAGACACCACUUCCGCUGGCAGGAGGUCAAGGACAGAUCUGGUGAAAUGACCAAGCCGUUGAAUUUGGACCCGGCUAACCGUCCGCGGCGUCAAGACUGGGAUGGAGAGCUGUGUGAGAACGGCUCCUUUUACUUCACCAAAAGAGACCAAGUGAAAGCGGGAAUGCUGCAGGGCGGUAAGGUAGCCUACUACGAGAUGCUGCCAGAGUACAGUGUUGACAUCGAUGUGGACAUCGACUGGCCUGUGGCAGAACAGAGGGUUCGCAGGUAUGGUUACUUCGGUCGGGCCAUGCCAGAGGUGGUUCGCCUGAUGUUCUGCAACGUUUCCGGAUGUUUAACAGACGGAAGAGUCUUCCUGUCUGUGUCCGGAGAAGAGAUGGUGUCUGUUAACACCAGAGACACAGAGGGCAUCCGCAUGCUGCAGAGAGAGGACAUAGAGGUUGUGCUGUUGACCUCUGACCUGGACCCCGUUACAAAGUCGUUGGAGGACAAGCUGGCCAAGAGGACGGGCUGCCAGGUGAUACAAGUGGGAGAGGAGCCGCUGAAUGUUCUGAAGCCGAUGGUGGAGCAGAAGAAGCUGGAGUGGAAGGAUGUAGCGUACAUGGGUAAAGAGGAACAGGAUGUCAACUGUCUGAACCUGGCGGGUUUGAGCGCAGUACCUAAAGACACUCCGCCGGUCGCCAUCACUGCCGCCAAGUACAUCUGCCACAACUCUUCUGGAAUGGGAGCCAUGAGGGAGUUUGCUGAGCACAUUCUCCUGCAGAAAGAGAAAGCAAAGGCGAAGAUGGAUCAGGACCGCAUCGACCGCUGCAACUUCUAAUUCAAAAUGUGAAUCAAUUAAAACCGCGAGAAAAAUCCCAGGAGUCGGUUCAGUUCAUGCACGAAGGAUAGGAGUAAUCAAACGGUGCACUUGAAAAUGUUGUAAUUUCUGAGACACGUGUCUAAUUUUAGAGAUAGAAUUAAAAUAAUUAACUCCGUUUACAGUCAAGUCUCAAAAAAUCAACCUUUUUUUAUGGCCACAAAAUGUGAAAUCUUUACUAAUUUUCUUUUACGCUGUAAAUACUACAACCGAAUCAGAAGUUCACUAACCUUAGUUUAUUGUGGCGCGCGGCGCAGGAGGCUGAAUUCUCCUCGUCCGCUAAGAUAGAGCGUAAAGACACAAAAUGUUGAUCCGAACGCAAACAACAGGAUGACCCCACGACCAAACCCCAAACUACUAGACUGAAAACGUCUAUUCUUAUCUUUUAAAACAACAAAACACCAUGAAACAACCAAAAAUAAGCAUCGAAUAAACAUUUGUUAUCGUUAACCAACGUCAGAUUUACCUGUAACUUAAGAUCUUAAAGGUACCAACACCAAAUAGUGCCCAAAACAUCUUAAGGUAUGAUGUUACCUAACACAAAACAUGUUACUGUUAUAAUAUACAUAGUACUAUUAGAGAUAGAAUUGUAGUUUAUAUAUUGGGUGAAGCAUUUUAAACCAAAGUAUAAUUAUGAGUUCAUUGUCCUAACAAGUUCUGACAAGUUCUCUCGACUGUUUCUACCCAUGAACAUCACCCCUUGGUUGAGUAAUUGUCCCUGUCGUGCAGUGUGUAUCCCCUCGUUUGUAAUUCUCACGUGCCCUGAAAGCAAUAAUUUGAAAUUUUGUGAAAUAUAUUUAUUUAUUUCUUCUUGAGAGUAAGAUGAAAAGAUCGAUUCCACUCAAGUCUGUCGGGUAAUAAUGUUGAUUAUUAGCAAGCUCAACAGCCUUUCACCUGUGCAGUGCUAGCAGGGAGUUUUUGGAGUAUUUUACAACUCGCUAAUUUUCUCCCGUAGUAGCUAUGCUAACGGUUGUGCUAACUUGGCGGCCAUGUUCGCCUUGACACAAUUGCCGCCCCACUGGCAAAAAUAAUUGAAGGCUGGCAUCACUGUCUUUGAGAAGCUGUGUUGAAAUCUUUUUUUUAAGCUAACGUAAAUGUAGCGGUAUCACGUGAAACUGGACAACCAACAGCAUCCAUUGCUUAUAAUCACGUCAUGCUAGCUUGUCAGGAAGGGGGUAAAUUAUGUUCCAAAUUUAGGCUUAAUUUUGGCACGGUAACAAGAUAUCUGAAUGAAUUUGGUAUCUAUGGGUGCCCACGAGUCUCCCCUAAACUUCAGAAGGCUUGUUCCCAGGAAAUGUUUUUUUUUGCUUAUAAUGUACUCUUCAAAUUAAGGGUUAUAUUUGUCUUUUUAAGGACAACUAACCUGCAUCUGUUUGCAUAUUUGCAUUGACCUUGUAUGUAAUCGUGCCGCACAAGAUUCGCUUUGUUUGGACAGUUAGGUGGGUUUAAUUGAGUGGUAUCGAUCUUUUCAUCUAACUUUCAUCAAGCAGGUAAUAAGAUGUAUUUUGCCACAAUGCUUUGCUGUAGCUUUAACUUGUUUAUUUUAUUUCUGCUGCUGCGUGGUGACCAUAGUCGUAGCCACUGUGACACCACGUGGACUCCGGUUUUGAAGCCUCAAAUUUAGUCGUGGCCAACCUAGGUUUUUGGAUCCCAAAGUGACCAUAUUUGGAAGAGAGGGUGUAGCUGUCUCAUAGACGCCUUAAUAACAUUUAAACUAGUAAUAAAAAUAUUCACCGUCUGUACAGUGUGCCAUGAAGUGGGAAAUUAGCUUUAGAGACCUAAAGCAUAUUUUGUACCAGGCCGUAAACAUGUUUAUUACUGCUGUAAAGUCAGAUGUUUUAAAAUGGGAGUCUAUGGGGAUUGAGGAGCCAGCCUCAAGUGGCCAUUAGAGGAACUGCAGCUCUUGGCACUUCAGCGUUAGCUUCAUCUUUCAGCCUCCGAGGCUGGUGCUGUGUGGAAACCUCCCGCUUGUUUUAUGAUUUAUUAAGUGGCCUAAUAGACCAGUUUGUUGUUUGCUGGUUUCAAGGUGACCAGCGGGGGCUUCUUAAGGGGCAGGACGUGCAUUUGACUGUCAUUCAGUCAAGGAAGAAAUAAUCUGUGUGUCCUGUAUUUAUUGAUAUAUGAUUCAUGGCCAUGUGUGAUUCUGUGUGUGACUAAUUUGUUGAUUUUUUUUCCCCCACCUUCCUGAGAGCUGAUUGCUUGUUUCGUUGGAUCGUUUACAUGUUACAUGGAUCAUUUAAGUGAUUUUGUUUCACUCUUAUUUAAUAAUUAUGUGCAAUGUAUCAAGGGAUUCUAUUGUGUGAAUCAUUUUCAAUGAAGAUAACUUUUGAAGAUCA